CGCGUCUCUCCCCCGCAUCGCUCUGUGCGGCGCCGCGGCCGGAGGUGGCGCUCUGUGCGCCCAGCGGAUCCCGGCGCGGGAGGCUCAGACUCCCGGGUGCCUCAUGAGCGGCUCUUUUCUUUUCCUUGCCUUCCAACCCCUCGAGUUCCCGGCUCAGGCCGCCGCCCGGCUUUCCACGAGGCAGCAGGGACUUGGAGGAUGAGGGGUCCCAGGGUGGGGACGAGGCACGCUGCAGCCCCCUCCUCCGACCUGGGCGCUCUCCCCUCGUGGACUGUGGGUGGAGGCUCCACAGUCAGACGCCCCAGUCAUCGGAUUCUGGGCGGGGGCGCGUGGCAGCCGCCAGGAGCCCGGCUGGAGCGCCCGCCCCGCGGCCUCGCCACCCCGCCGAGCCGCCAGCGCCUCGGGACGCGAUGAGGACCUGGGCUUGUUUGCUGCUCCUCGGCUGCGGAUACCUCGCCAGUGCCCUGGCCGAGGAAGCCGAGAUCCCCCGCGAGGUCAUUGAGAGGCUGGCGCACAGUCAGAUACACAGCAUCCGGGACCUCCAGCGACUCCUGGAGAUAGACUCCGUAGGGGCCGAGGAGCCUCUGGAGACCAGCCUGAGAGCCCACGGGGGCCAUGGCGCCAAGCAUGCGCUGGAGAAGCGGCCUGUGCCCAUUCGGAGGAAAAGGAGCAUCGAGGAAGCCACCCCCGCAGUCUGCAAGACCAGGACGGUCAUUUACGAGAUACCUCGGAGCCAGGUGGACCCCACGUCUGCCAACUUUCUGAUCUGGCCCCCGUGCGUGGAGGUGAAGCGCUGUACCGGCUGCUGCAACACCAGCAGUGUCAAGUGCCAACCGUCCCGCGUCCACCACCGGAGUGUCAAGGUGGCCAAGGUGGAGUACGUCAGGAAGAAGCCAAAGUUAAAAGAGGUGCAGGUGCGGCUGGAGGAGCACCUGGAAUGCACGUGCGCGAGCGCCAGCCCGAGCCCCGGCCACCGGGAAGAGGAGGCGGAUGUGAGGUGAGGAUCAGCCAGCAGCCCUUUUCCGGGACACGGAUGUACAUGGCGUGUUACAUUCCUGAACCUACUAUGUACGGUGCUUAUUGCCAGCGUGGUCUUUGUUCUCCUCCGUGAAAACUGUCUCCAUGCACACUCUGGAGAACAAAGAGACAGUAUACGUUGUUUAUGUGACAUCAAAGCAAGUAUUGUAGCACUCGGUGAAACAAUAAGAAGCUUCCUUGUCAAAAAAAAGAGAGCAAACAAAACCACGAAACAUGACAAACAAAACUCACUCACAAAAAUAUCUAAACAUUUGCCGGAAUGGAGGGACGCCCCGAGGGAUGGAAGUGACAGACGUCUCGGCAGACUGGAUCUCUUUCCAGGGUGGUCACAGGUGCUUUGGCCAAGGACACAGAGCCUGCUUUCUGAAGGCUGCGAUCGGAUGCCGCCGGGCUCUGCAGGGGCACGCAGGAGCCAGGAAUGUCUCGGAAACCACAUCUCCUUGCUGUAGUGUUUAAGUCUAUACAGAAACCUUCCUGAGAGCCUUAAGUGGAUUUUUUUUACACCAUAAAGUGAUUAUUAAGCUUUCCUUUCUACUCUUUGCCUAGCUUUUUUUUUUUUUUUAAUUAUCUCUUGGAUGACCUUUACACCGAUAACACCAGGCUGCCGUAACAGUCAGGACGGUGGGACGCUACCUUUCCUAGCAGGAUGCAAACAAAUGAGAUGUAUUAAAAUAAACAUGGUAUACCCACCUGUGCAUCAUUUCCUAAAUGUUUCUGCCUCCACGUGUUUCUUCCUUGCCCCAUUUUACUCACUUUUUAAUUUAAGCCAUUUCGAGAGAACUGCGUGAACCAAUCACAUGCCGUCCCCAGGCCUCUUGCCCUGAGUCCCUCCCACCUGCUGCGGCCAGGCCUGGGGAUGUGGCUUUCCGGAGUGGCUGCCCAGGGUUGCUCCCUGCUGCUGCCGCUGGUGUUUGGACAGAACCUAAACUCUUUAUUUUUCGUAAGAUGUUACGCUUUACGUGUAUUCAACAGAAAUUAUGUGUGUGUGUUGUUUUUUUGAUUUUGUUUUUUUGUAAAGGUGAAGUUUGUAUUUUUGUCUAAUAUUACCAGUUUGAUAUACCUGAGAGCCUGCCAUGUUUUUUUUUGAACCAAAAGGAAAAAACAAACCCACCAACAAAAUGCAUACAUGUGAAAAACAUUUGUGGCCACGUUUUUCUAGUUGCGUAGCCGAGUCCAUGCCCUGUCUGUCACGUGGCCCAUGGCCCGGGGCCCGGGUGCUGGAGCUCCCGGGUGAUGACUGGGAGAUGACAGCGUCCUGGGCUGGCCGGUGAUCCCAGGCCUGCCCGUGGGAUUCCAGAAGCUACGGGAACCGGCCAAAGGAGCUGUCCUGCUGGCGCACGUGGCCUCACGGAGGCGGAGCCGUGCAUCCCCUCAGACGCCGAGUGGACGAGGAAGACCUGACCCCACAGAGCGCGUUGACCGCGGUGUCUGCGCGUGUACCAGUGGACCCGGUCAGCCUUACGUCGCCCGCGGCCUACUGCUCCUGUCCUCAUUGCCUCAGGGCUCCUGAGGCCGUCAGGAUCCCUUUGCUGCCGUGGGAUCAUCUCUGGUGAUAGUGUCCCCGGGGUUCAGCUGUUCAUGGAGAUUCUGUAAAGGAGCGUCUUCAGCGCAUCUGCAGGGUGUGGUCUCGGCUGCAGCGUGACGCCUUUCAGCGAGAGCGCGUGGGGGUGGGGUUGGGCGCAGGUGGCGUGGCCCCGGCCCCCCACAGGGGAGCGCCCCCUGUGCAGGUGCUGUGAGGGGUGCCCGCUGCCUCCAGCCCCGUGGCUGGCGCCCUGGGGCUGCGCCGUGCUCGACGCUGUGCUGCGGAUACGUGUCUGAUGCUAGAUGUAUAAACGUGCUCUGUGUAUUUACGUCCCGUGAGAUGCUGAGAACACUGCUCAGUUUUUCUUUCUUUGUGCAAAACCAUCUGAUGGAUGGUCUGUC